AUGAAUAUUUUCUGUAAUUAUAAAAAUUUUUUAGACAGAAAAUUACUGAGGAUGAAACAUCGUGAGCAGCUAGCUGCUGUACAAAACAUAGUGAACAUUGGGGAUAAAAAGAAACAAAAAAAGCUGUUGGAUGAGCUUCUAGUUGUUCGGACAGCGAAAGGAGUUAUUGAACGCUCUGGUUAUCAACCAAAAGACCCAUUUCCAGAAAAGGACGAAAAGCUGAGGGACGCAGUUUCAAACGUUGUAGAAAAUACGGCAUUUUUUUGCGAAUUUGUUUUGCGCUUCCCGACAAAAUUUUACAGGUUGAAAAAGAGCCAGGAAUGGAACGAAUUAGUUAGAUGGGGAUAUGAAUUUACCUCGGCAAUGAACGUGUACGAUACUGCAGAAAAGAAACUUCUAAAUUUGGCAGCACAGCAACUCAGUCUCAUUCCACGAGAUGAAAAUUUUCAUAAUCCAUACGACAAAAAAGUGCAGAAGGAAGAAAUUGAACGAGAAGAAGCCAGGGAAAAAAGAAAGUUAGAGAAACAGAAAGAGAAGAAACAGAGGAAGGAAAGAAAGCCGUCUUUAUCAAAGAAUGAACUGUAG